GCAGGCGGGCGCCCCCGGUUCCCGCCCGUCGGCGGCGCUGAGGCGUUCGCCGGCUCGUCGCCCGGCCGCGCGCUCGGCCCCGGCGGGGAGGGCGGAGCUGGAGAUAUGGUGUGAAAUAUUUCUGCAAGACUUGAUAGCUGAAGACCUGUUUCUUCUGAUUAACCUUAAGCCAACUUAGAGCCAUAGAAAAGCCUCACAGAGUUCCACGUUUUGCUUUCUGCUUUACACCUUUUCUGGCAACUAAGUUAAUCCUGCCACCAUGUAUGGAAGUGCGCGCUCAGUUGGAAAGGUGGAACCAAGUAAUCAGAGUCCAGGGCGUUCACCAAGGCUCCCACGCUCUCCUCGCUUGGGUCAUCGUCGAACCAAUAGUACAGGAGGGAGUUCUGGAAGCACCGUUGGAGGUGGCAGUGGGAAAACCCUUUCCAUGGAGAACAUCCAGUCCUUAAAUGCUGCCUAUGCCACCUCUGGCCCUAUGUACCUAAGUGACCAUGAAAAUGUGGGAUCAGAAACACCGAAAAGCACCAUGACACUUGGCCGUUCUGGAGGACGUCUGCCUUAUGGUGUUAGGAUGACUGCUAUGGGAAGUAGCCCCAACAUAGCUAGCAGUGGGGUUGCUACUGACGCUAUAGCCUUCGGAGAACACCACCUUCCUCCUGUGAGUAUGGCAUCGACUGUACCUCACUCUCUGCGUCAGGCAAGAGAUAAUACAAUCAUGGAUCUGCAGACACAGCUGAAGGAAGUAUUGCGGGAAAAUGAUCUCCUGCGGAAGGAUGUAGAAGUAAAGGAGAGUAAAUUGAGUUCCUCAAUGAACAGCAUCAAAACUUUCUGGAGCCCAGAGCUAAAGAAAGAAAGAGCCCUGAGAAAAGAUGAAGCUUCCAAAAUCACUAUUUGGAAAGAACAGUAUAGAGUUGUGCAGGAGGAAAACCAGCACAUGCAGAUGACCAUCCAGGCCCUCCAGGAUGAGCUGCGGAUCCAGCGGGACUUGAACCAGCUCUUUCAGCAGGAUAGUAGCAGCAGGACUGGGGAGCCUUGUGUGGCCGAGCUGACGGAGGAGAACUUCCAGAGGCUGCAUGCUGAGCACGAGCGGCAGGCCAAAGAAUUGUUCCUGCUCCGAAAGACGCUGGAGGAGAUGGAGCUGCGCAUCGAGACUCAGAAGCAAACCCUUAAUGCGCGGGACGAGUCCAUCAAGAAGCUCCUGGAGAUGCUGCAGAGCAAAGGGCUUUCUGCAAAGGCGACCGAGGAAGACCACGAGAGAACAAGGCGGCUGGCGGAGGCGGAGAUGCAUGUCCACCACCUCGAAAGCCUUUUGGAGCAAAAAGAAAAAGAGAAUAAUAUGUUGAGAGAGGAGAUGCAUCGGAGAUUUGAGAAUGCUCCUGAUUCAGCCAAAACAAAAGCUCUCCAGACUGUCAUUGAAAUGAAGGACUCAAAAAUUUCCUCUAUGGAGCGUGGACUUCGAGACUUGGAAGAGGAAAUUCAGAUGCUGAAAUCUAAUGGGGCUUUGAGCACCGAAGAACGGGAGGAAGAAAUGAAGCAAAUGGAGGUCUAUCGGAGUCAUUCUAAAUUUAUGAAAAACAAGGUAGAGCAACUGAAGGAGGAACUAAGUUCGAAAGAGGCUCAAGGGGAGGAGCUGAAAAAGAGAGCGGCUGGUCUUCAGGCUGAGAUUGGGCAGGUGAAGCAGGAGCUGUCAAGGAAGGACACGGAACUCCUCGCCCUCCAGACAAAGCUGGAAACGCUCACCAAUCAGUUCUCAGACAGUAAGCAGCACAUCGAAGUGCUGAAGGAGUCCUUGACUGCCAAGGAGCAGAGGGCAGCCAUACUGCAGACAGAGGUUGAUGCUCUUCGAUUACGUUUGGAAGAGAAGGAAACGAUGCUGAAUAAGAAGACAAAACAAAUCCAGGAUAUGGCUGAGGAGAAGGGGACCCAAGCUGGAGAGAUACAUGACCUGAAGGACAUGUUGGAUGUCAAAGAACGGAAGGUCAAUGUUCUCCAGAAGAAGAUCGAAAACCUUCAAGAGCAACUUAGAGAUAAGGAAAAGCAGAUGAGCAGUUUGAAAGAGCGCGUGAAAUCCUUGCAGGCCGACACCACCAACACCGACACUGCCUUGACAACUCUGGAGGAGGCUCUUGCCGAGAAAGAGCGGACCAUCGAGCGCUUAAAGGAACAGCGAGACAGAGAUGAGCGAGAGAAGCAAGAGGAAAUUGAUAACUACAAGAAAGAUCUUAAGGAUUUGAAAGAAAAAGUCAGCCUUUUGCAAGGAGACCUUUCAGAGAAAGAGACUUCUCUCUUGGAUCUGAAAGAACAUGCUUCUUCCCUGGCUUCCUCAGGACUGAAAAAGGACUCCAGGCUUAAGACACUAGAGAUUGCUUUGGAGCAGAAGAAGGAGGAGUGUCUGAAAAUGGAAUCACAGUUGAAAAAGGCACAUGAGGCAACAUUGGAAGCUAGAGCCAGUCCAGAGAUGAGUGACCGGAUACAGCAGUUGGAGAGAGAGAUUGCCAGGUACAAAGAUGAAUCUAGCAAGGCCCAGGCAGAAGUUGACCGCCUCUUGGAAAUUUUGAAGGAGGUAGAAAAUGAGAAGAAUGACAAGGAUAAGAAGAUUGCUGAGUUAGAAAGUCUCACAUCAAGGGAUUACUCCUGGCAGGGUUUAGGAGGACCACAUGGGGUGCCAGGGAUCAAACCCAGGCAAGUGAAAGACCAGAAUAAGAAGGUUGCAAAUCUGAAGCACAAGGAACAGGUGGAAAAGAAGAAGAGUGCGCAGAUGCUGGAGGAGGCCCGGCGGAGGGAGGAUAAUCUCAACGACAGCUCCCAGCAGCUCCAGGACAGUCUCCGUAAGAAGGAUGACAGGAUUGAAGAACUGGAAGAAGCACUAAGAGAAAGUGUGCAGAUAACUGCAGAGCGAGAAAUGGUGCUCGCACAAGAGGAAUCAGCCAGGACCAGUGCUGAAAAACAGGUGGAGGAGUUAUUGAUGGCCAUGGAGAAAGUAAAGCAAGAACUGGAGUCAAUGAAAGCGAAGCUGUCCUCCACUCAGCAGUCUCUGGCAGAAAAGGAAACUCAUUUAAGCAAUCUUCGGGCAGAGAGAAGGAAACACUUAGAGGAAGUUCUGGAAAUGAAGCAAGAAGCUCUUUUGGCUGCCAUUAGUGAAAAGGACGCUAACAUUGCUCUUCUGGAACUUUCUUCCUCGAAGAAAAAGACCCAGGAAGAGGUAGCUGCGCUCAAGCGGGAGAAGGAUCGGCUGGUGCAGCAGCUUAAGCAACAGACACAAAAUCGAAUGAAGCUAAUGGCCGACAACUAUGAGGAUGACCACUUCAAAUCCUCCCAUUCCAACCAAACUAAUCACAAGCCCUCCCCAGACCAGAUCAUUCAACCCCUCUUAGAACUUGACCAAAAUAGAAGCAAAUUAAAGUUGUAUAUUGGACACCUGACAGCCCUCUGCCAUGACCGAGACCCCCUGAUCCUCCGUGGACUCACUCCACCAGCUUCCUAUAACUUGAACGAUGACCAGGCAGCUUGGGAGACUGAGCUGCAAAAGAUGACCCGGGAACAGCUGCAGCUGGAGCUGGAGAAAGGCGAGCAGGACAAUGCUGAGCUGCAGGAGUUCGCCAAUGCCAUCCUCCAGCAGAUAGCAGACCACUGCCCGGACAUCCUGGAGCAAGUGGUCAACGCGCUCGAAGAGUCCUCCUGACCCACUUCCUGGGGAGCAGCCGGCCCAGCAGCUCGACAUCGUGGACUCAAGCGCCAGGGAAGGAGACAGCAAGGAAGGUCACCCAGAAACUUCGCGGCACCAAACACUACAAACUUGAGCCCAUCUUGCUCUGUCCCUUGAGUGUGAUUGCAGCGCCCAUUUCCGCGCCUGUCAUCUUCGUCUGCCUUUCGACUUGGGCCGUGGCCCACGCGCUAAUGUUCUUAUGUCCAGGAUGGGGAAGUGGCCAAGGCUCCAGGAAGACCUGCCCGGUGGCCGUGCACGGUGUAGACUGUGGAAGCGGGUGGCGCUGCCCUCCAGAGGGACAGGGAGUUGGGCCUCUUCCUCUCUGUCCCAGCAUGAAGACUCAGUGUGCCCUCUCCGGGAGCUCAGCCAGUGCGGGAACAUCUCGCCGUGGCCCAGAGCUCAGGGUUCUCCUGUCGCUGCAGGUGCUUCCUCCCAAACGAGUCAACUCAGUCUCCAAAAGAGAGAGUGUUAGAAGCAGAGAAUGGGAAAGCGAGAAAGGACAGGGACUCUUCUCACGGUCUCUGUAGUUGACUUUUCACGUGUAAUAUUUUAUGCAGGGGAGCCGCCUGCAGACCUCGUGUUGGCCUGAUGAAACGGUAGCCCCAGGUUUUAUCCAACCCUCCAUGGACUGUCUCGCUCACCCUUGCUCUUCUCGGCCAGUGAGCAAGGGAGAGCGGGAUGACCUUUCACCCCAGACCCCCGGCCUUACUCUCCUGGAGGGUGUCAGGUCACCUGUCUCUGAGCAAGAGACUAGAGGGGUGGGCAUAAGACGCCAUGGCCCCACCUGCAGCUCUGCUUCUUUAGAUCGUUCCUUCCAGCCAUCUUCCUCAGCAACAUUCUAGGCCCCAGAGCCCCCAGAAGAAUGUUUCCACCUUCCCAGCACCCCACCCCACUCCCCACCACACCCACCUCCCACCCUUUCCUCUCCCUCCUGGCUUGCACUGCUGGAACCACAGCCUUAUGCGUUGCUUGGAACCUCUUUCUGGCAUGAAGAAUGUUUCUGCUCCCACUCACAUUCCUUCCUUCGUUCUUUCAGUCAAACAAUAUUUACCAAAUGCCCACCGAGAAGAAGACGCUCUUAGGCGCCCAUUGUCGAAAAGGCCUCUUGGGUGAGGAUGAGCUCUAGAGGAUUUGGUGAGAGGCCUCGCUGAAGAAAAGGGGGAAAAAAAAAACAGUCAAAGGCGGCGGACCCUUCCCCUCACCUGCCUUCCUAGAAGAUGUCUUUUCUAGAAAACUCUCUCACAGGUCAGCAUUUUUCAUUUAAGUGGAAUUGAGGAGUUUGCAGGUGAACGCAGAGGGGUGAGUUACAGAGACAUACCAACCAGAUCCAGUCAGUGAUUCAGGGUUUGUGAUUGCUGCUCUUUCUCUAAGAACGUAUGAUACUGGGGCCGGGGGGGAUGGCAUUUUUUUAAAGAUAUUUGUGGGUACCUUGUGGAACAUGGCCGGCUCCAUGAUUGCCAGUCAGAGAGCUGAUCCCAAAUUCCAAAUCCGGCAGAAGGCAUUGCAUGUAGAAGGGCCUUACCCCGAGUGCAGACAGUGAUAAAUACGCAGGCACUAGAAAACAAACUACUUAGCCCGAUCUAGCCCUUGGACCACCUCUGCGGCCAGGCCCAGCCCCCCUCAUCUUCUGAUAAGAAGUGCCAGGCCCUUGUUCCUGCCCUCUUUCCUCGGCGCCGUCCCAGUCCCUCCCGGAAGGAAUCCAGCACUGCUGGUGUCUUCCCACCAGCAGCCCUUGAACUGUCCAUUGACUUAUAUGGUCAGCUCUGCGGCCGCCCAGAUUCCCCGCUGUCAAACUCUCCGCCCGAGCAAGCUGUGGCGUGCUCCUUAUCACCGCCGAAACGGCCUCUGCUCCUCAGCUUCCUCCCAAGAUGCUUCCUGAUAGCCAGCCCCGGCCGGAGUGUGUGCAGGGGCUAGAUGAUAAGAGGUGGUUGGUUGUGGUCAGUCCCCGCGAUCCAGUUUCUUUAUUGCUUGGCCCAUCCAUCUUGGAACAAGCCCUGAGAAUUUUAGGACUGGGGGGUGAGGGGAGGGGCUCCAGUCUUACUCUGGCUGCCCUGAGGCGGAGAGCAGAGCUGAGGUCCCCACUCUCCGAAGGAUGGCUCCAGGGUAGGACGCACCGGACGCUGCCGGGCUCAGGGAAGUGAGCUGGCCUGGCCUGGUUCUGGCUCCGGCUUGCUGUUCUCCAACAGCUUGGCUAGGGACCCCCUGAACCACCCAGAGUGCCAAUUCUGCCAUUCCUUCCCUACUGGUGCAUGACUUACUGCACCCCCUUCCUUCCUUCUCGUCCCUCAAGCCCCACCCCCCACCGCCAAUGUGAUCAGAGUUUCCUGGACAGGUGCUUUGGGGAUGCAGGUUGCCCGGGCAGGCAGCAUCUGUCUGCUCGCGCCAUGAGCCACCACGGGGGUUUCUGUGACCCUUUCUCAGCAGGAGACCCUUUCUCCUGGCAUUACAACUGUUUCUGGGGGUGGUUUAGUCCUAGAAGAAAGUAGGAUCUGGCUCAAGUUUGGUUGUGAGCGUGACCUGCCCUCUAUAGAGCAGAGUUGAUGCAGUUCUAGCAUUUAGGCCUGAGUGAUUUGCCCACCCUGUACCUUGCAGGCUGCUACUGGUCUGCCAGCCAGUGGUUUUCAGCCACUGGUAAUAUCAUUCUUGGAGCCAAAUUUCGCUGUUUGCCUUUUCCAUCAUAAGAGAAAAUGUCAUCCCAUGGCCCUCCUCUCUUCAUGGUUUCACAACAGUCACUCAGCUGGGGCUGGAACAAGAGUUCAGCGGGGAGAGCUUUUGCUUGCAUGCAGCCAACCCAGGUUCCAUCUUCAGCAUCCCAUAAGGUCCCCCAAGCACCACCAGGAGGGAUUCCUGAGUGCAAGCCAAGAGUAAACCCUGAGCGUGUCCAGGUGAGACCCCAAAAAACAACAACAAAACAGUCACCCAGCCGUUCCUGGAGAUGGAAAACUCCCCACAGGCUUUCCUCCUCACAGUCACCAAACUCCUUCUUGCCGUUGGCAAUUCUAGGUGUCCUUUCGGACCUAAAAGCUCUGUACCCCAAAUCAAGGUCUUCAAAACGAGACCAUAAAAAGAACAGUACAUGGAUCCAGUCUGGUUCCUGGUUAAAAAUACUCAUCAUAACACAUGACUUUCUCCUCUUUCCAAGCACCUGUUCCCCAGGAACUGGGUGAGUUCUUGAUGAAGUACCUAAGUUGAAAUUUGCACGGACUUUGGUGAUGAAAUGUGGGCUUUCAUCUGUUGAGAAAUGCAAGUGGGAAUCCCCAAAUCCAUCUUGGCUCCAACCGUGACCUUGUACUUAAAGAAGAUCUAAGUCUCCUCUCUCUUCCCGAGACUUGGGCUGUAGAAAUUCUAGCAAAGCCGGCCAAACCCAAGGCCGCCUUCAGGGUCCAGAGUGGCCUGGGAUUCAGCCCGUGCAGGGGGAGGGGUCCCUGAAGUUGCUCCUUGACUCACCCACUCCUCUGGGUUCCGGUCCCGGGCGAAGAAACCUCCAGCCGGUGUCAGCUCCCGCCAACCAGCCGCUCCCCGUAGCGUUCAGGUUUGCUGCUGGAGCCCCUCCCACCCCCUGUCUGGCCGCGUGACUCCAGCCUCGGCCCACCAGCCCCCUCAGGGUCUUUGAGGAAAGAGCUAACGGAGAGGUGACUGGCCACAUAGCACGUGCCCCUCGCAGGCCCUUUGCAGUGGCCGUGGGCCCAGGAUCCGUAGUCUCUCCCUCCCAGCCUCAGCCCCGUCGGCAAGAGUCCGGGAGUGGCAGAGGAGCUGAGAGGAGGAACAGGCAGCACCGUCUGCUUGCCCCUCGCAAUGCUGCCAGACCAACCCAUCCAUCACUGCCAGUCCCUGGGUUUCUCAGGACAGCGAUUCAGACACUCAGAGAACGGCAUGAAGAAGUCGGAAUUCCCACCCCCCACCUUCCCCUCCCCCAACACACACACACACACACACACACACACACACACACACACAUACCAUGAACCAAGGGAACAUUUGGGCAAGAAUACACAAUGCGUUACAGGGAGAUCCUUCUGAACAAAAUGGCUGUCUUUUUCAUUACUCUUUUUCAAGCAAAAAACUGUUUCCAAACUUUUUAUUGUCAAAACCGUAACCAAGUCUCUCCUGAUUUUUUUUUUUUACCCCAAUGUGUUUGGUGAGUGCUGUAACCCUAUUGUAGGUAUUUCUCCUCCUGAGUCUUUUGGGGGAGAGGUGGUGGGGGGGGGCUGAUUUGCAGAGAAGCAAAUCCCAUCCCGUUCCCCCCUCUUUUGUUUCUCUGCUUGUCAAUAUUGUCUGUGUGGUUCAGAGAAUUAGGACAGUUCCAUUGUGUCCAUUGUUGAGAUUAUUAAGAUAUUAAAAAGUAGUUGUAGAGCUGAACAAUUAAAGAGCUGUGUUUAAAAAAAAAACAUACAAACCAAUACCAUGUUAAUUAACAAAGGAAUUCAAGCUAUGAGGCAGCCCCCACCCCUCACCUCCUCGGAGCUGGCGGAGGGGCAGCGGGGGCCCGCGGAGAAGCAAUGACCGCGUUGCCCACUGCAGUGCCAGGUUCGAGACUCCACUGAGCUCUCAGAGGGGUGUGGGGGCGCAGAGGGUCCCGACCGUGCCAGUUUCCUUACACUUCCUCAGAACCUCCGAGUGGAGGUGUCAGGCUGUGGCCCCAUCUCCACCCUCACCCCACUUCGGUUCCAGCUCCGAGUGCCUAAGACUGUGCGGGAACCCGGGCCGGCCCGAAGCCUCACGCCUGCCUCAGCCCCCCUCAGGCCGCAGAGCCUCGUUCGUGCCCACUUGGUGCUAUUUCAUCCAGUGACCCAUCCAGUACGGGCCGUCAGGUCAGCGGGCUCUCCUCAGAUCCGUUCCUGCUGGCUUCAGUCCCGAGCACCUGGCCUGAGAAUCUUCGCAGAACCCAGAUCACCCCGCCCGGGCUGUUCUCUCUUGGCCCCAGAGAUGCCACAGUCAGGAAAGGAAGGGAACCCUCCCGAGGCCCGAGAAGGGGCGUGGGCUGGAGGGAGCCCCUCUGCGCCCAGCCUGCUUUGCACACCACACCAGUAUUGGCGCCCACCCUCUGUUGCGGCGCGGCCCACCGGGGCGGCACUCUGCUGUUCUGGCCUGCCUGCCUGCCUGCCUGCCCCGGGCCGGGCCAGGCCAGCACGCCAGCGGUUCUGGGAGGGAGACAUGGGGCCUUUCCGGGGCUCGCUCCCCUCUGCUUCAGAAGGAAGUGCUGCACUUUACAAGGUGCUGAGGAGCACUGGGUACUGACACCUUUUAGCUUGAGUUCCUUUUGGUGACAGUAGCAGCCGCAAUGGUGGCAUCUGUGAUGCAAAAAUGCACCACUGCCUUCCACCGUGUGUGUGUAUGUGUGUGUGUGUGCGUGUGUGUGCGCGCGCGCAUGCGUGUGCACGCGUGUGCGAGUGCAGUGGCUGGGGUCAUGUUACUGACAGGAUAAUGACAUUACAAAGAAAUUGUGUUAUGGUCAAUUUUGCCUUGAUAAUUAUUGUAAACACUUUGUUCAUUUUUUUUCUUUUUUAUUCACAAACUAAAUCCAUCAGGAAAUUAUAAAGUUAUUUAAAAAGUG